UUAAAACACAAGUUAGCAUGAGCCGAGAUUCGACGCCAAACGCACAAGACACUCACACAACCCCUUUCUGUUGGAACUUCCGUUUCAUUAGAAGUUUUCAGUUUCUUGGCUGAAAAGUGAAAUCAAAGAAGAAGAAGAACAAUGCAACAAAGAAAAUCACCGUUGGGAAGACCUUCAGGGACCGACGGUUCUGAUUAUUCCUACCGUAUGGUCGUUGAUUCAAGGUAUCAACUUGUUGCAAAGGGGAAGAAACGUCUCUCUGUGUUAUUUACCAUCGAGGCUUUGUUUCUGUUAACAGGAGUGAUAUUUGCAUUUUUACCAGGAACAAAAGAGGAUACACCAAAUAGAGUUGCCAUUUCUUCUGUUAUUGCUAGUGUUGUUUUGCUGAUCAUUGCCGAUAUAGGUAGAAGACGAAGCCGGUCGAGUUUAUUGAGAUUAUAUGCCGUUCUAUCUUCCCUAGCAUUGCUUCUCUUCACUGCUACUCUUGCUAACCGGUAUUCCCUGCUGAAGGUUAUCCAAUAUUUUAGUAAUCGAGGAACAAGCAGUUUUGAUGUCGAUUUUCCUAGUCUUCAAACUGGUUUGUUGGUAUAUAUUCUCACUUUUUCGCUGUUCAAGAUCAGUACCAUCAAAGCAGUUGUAUUCCUUCUUUUUAACAUGACGCCUCCCAAGAAAGCCUCUUAGCCUCAUGGAUUUCCUUUCCCCUGGAUGUGUAUGAAUCUAUCUUCUUUGAGUGAUUGAGGGAAUCUGACUUAAGCUCAUGUGAUUGAGGGACUCUGACUUAAGUUUGUGGAUUUCACUGCAAAUCGUUUUGAAGACAUUUUUUUUUUAAAUGCAAAUUUUUGUUUUUUGUAUUUGAGUUAUCAGCAAAGUCCAGAGCUCCUAUUGAACUGUUACAUCAUAUAAACACAAACUGUUGUUGUAGGCUUGUAUUGAACUAGUGAUGAUAUUUAUUAUGGUAUGUUUGGAUAGAGUUUCGGAGGGGAAAAUUUCUUUUCUCUUUUAAA